AUGGCUUCCAAUUCUGUGAGUUUUACAUAAUCCUCUAUUCAUUUCCUCUGUUUUGCAGACUGUUUCCACAAAUCCAAUGACUCAUAACUACGAUUUCAAUCUCUGGAAUGGUACUGAAGACUCUGUCAGUUUUCAUUCGAUACUUUUUGCUUGUUACACUUUUUCAGAUGUCUCAGCAAACCCCCAACAUGAAACCACCACCAAAACGGAGCAAUCGCCCAACGAAACGGACUACCUUCACGCCUGAGCAGGUGAUAACCAACUCAACCGUUUCAAUUAUUCUAAACCAACUUUUUCUUGUCUGAAGGUCACACUGCUGGAAUUGGAGUUUGCGAAAAACGAGUACAUCUGCAAAGAUCGCAGAGGAGAGUUGGCGCAGAUCAUUGAUCUGACUGAGUGUCAGGUGAAGACGUGGUUCCAGAACCGCCGGACCAAGAAGAGAAGGUAUUGGUGUGAAAGUGCAAGAAUCAGUGGGUAACUUGUUCGAUUCCCAGAUGCAAUUCUCCGCUUCGCAAGGGAAUCACAAUCAAAACCUCCGAUCGCACUCCGUCCCCGUACUUGCCUCCUGCUCCAGCCGUCCCGAACCUUCACGCGCUUUUCACGGGAUGGCCGACUCAAUUCACUUACCCACUUCCGGCAGACCAACAAAACAAAACCACAUAA